AUGCACAAUGCCCGUAUUGCUGUGGAAAGAGGUGUGGACCGAGUGGAUGUAGUUAAUAAGGGCUUGGAGAUCCGUUCCAGUACCGAGGACAGCUUCCGUAACAACCUUGCCGACGUCUUAAGCAUCCAUUCCCUUGUUGAUAAGGUCGGCGUCACGAGCGUAAGUCUGGGUCAACAAGGAGUAUCAUUUUCGUUAGCCUUUGCAACCACGUCGGAACAGCAGACAGUAGGCGUUGCUACAGCGCGUGAGGUUUGUGAUCUAGUGUGGGUAUCUCUGCCCGCUGUGACCAACACCAUGCUGAUGACUAGCAGGAGAUCUCUGCGUGGAGCGGUGCAGUGUGAAAUUGAAUGCGACUUUCACAAUUAUACAGAUUGCGCAAUUGCCAACGCCUUCUCUGCCCUUGAAGCGGGCGCUCGCAUGCUUACCAUAGACCGCGAGUACGAUCUGACUAAGCUCAAGCGUGUUAGGGAUCUGGUAACUUCUGCGAUUGAAGUCAACGUUCCCUUCAAUAAUCCUGGCAAGAGCUCCUGUGCCUUCACCCACGAGGCUGGCAUCCACGCCAAGGCAAACCCUGCAACGUACGAGAUCAUCAAUCCCAGACUUCGAUGUGCAGCGCAACGUGCACUUAGCGAGCGGAUCGACGGGCUGGAAUGCGACCAGCUCGGACUUCCCAUGACAGACUCACAGACCAAGCAGUGCACAGUGAAGGUCAACGUCAUGGCAGAUGUCCGUAGACUGGCGUUCGAGGGUACCGACGCCAUCAUCAGGGCGAUCUACGAUAAUCUGAACAGGGUGUCAGAAAAGCCUUUGCUAGCGCAUAUGACGAUGGCCGAGAAGAAAGAGCUCGCCAGGAAGGAGAUGGAGCUCCACAUGGAGCCGGAGAAGCGAAGACUUGAUCGAAUUGUCGACUCGCAGGCUCGAUCUUCUUGA